AUGGUCAGAGACAUCUACAGUAUGUGCACAAUGUACUGUGUAAUUCAAGAGAAUUAGGCUUAGUUGAGUGUAGGAAUGAAGUUUUUUACUGUGAGUCUUAUUCCUGUAUGACACUGGACUCUGAGGAUGUUUAGGAAUUUUGUUGAAAUUGAUGAGGCUGGGUUGUCUUGCAACUAGAAAAUUAGUCAGUGAACUGUUGUUCCAUUAGCAGCCUCGUCACCAUACAUUCGGAUUGUUGUUAGCACUUUUCUUGUUUCUUUAAAGGUGCAAUCUGCAAUAUUACAGCUAUUUAUGGUAAUAGUGAUAGCUAUACACUGAGUGUACAAAACAUUAGGAACACCUGUACUUUCCAUGACAUUUACAUUUUAGUCAUUUAGCAGACGCUCUUAUCCAGAGCGACUUACAGUUAGUGAGUGCAUACAUUUUAAUACUGGCCCCCCGUGGGAAACAAACCCACAACCCUGGCGUUGCAAGCGCCAUGCUCUACCAACUGAGCUACAGGGGACUACCACAUAAAAUGACCAGCUGAAUCAAGCUGAAAGCUAUAAUCCCUUAUUGAUGUCACUUGUUAAAUCCACUUCAAUCAGUGUAGAUGAAGGGGAGGAGACAGGUUAAAGAAGGAUUUUUAAGCCUUGUGACAAUUGAGACAUGGAUUGUGUAUGUGUGCCAUACAGAGGGUGAAUGUAGUAUGCGCUCCAGCAGGUAUAUCUCACUGGUCAUCCCCAAAGCCAACACCUCCUUUGGCUUCCAUUCCUUCCAGUUCACUGCUGCCAAUGACUGGAACGAAACUGCAAAAAUCUCUGAAGCUGGAGACUCUUAUCUCCCUCACUAACUUUAAGCAUCAGUUGUCAGAGCACCUUACCGAUCACUGCACCUGUACACAGCCCAUCUGAAAUUAGGCCACCCAACUACCUCAUUCCCAUAUUGCUAUUUCUUUUGCUCAUUUGCACCCCAGUAUCUCUAUUUGCACAUCAUUUCUUGCACAUAUAUAAUUCCCGUGUUAAUACUAAUUGUAAUUAGUAUGUCAACAUUCACAAGGCCGCAGGGCCAGACGGAUUACCAGGACGUGUACUCCGAGCAUGUGCUGACCAACUGGCAAGUGUCUUCACUGACAUUUUCAACAUGUCCCUGACUGAGUCUGUAAUACUAACAUGUUUCAAGCAGACCACCAUAGUCCCCGUGCCCAAGGACACUAAGAUAACCUGCCUAAAUGACUACCGACCCGUAGCACUGACGUCUGUAGCCAUGAAGUGCUUUGAAAGGCUGGUCAUGGCUCACAUCAACACCAUUAUCCCAGAAACUCUAGACCCACUCCAAUUUGCAUACCGCCCCAACAGAUCCACAGAUGAUGCAAUCUCUAUUGCACUCCACACUGCCCUUUCCAACCUGGACAAGAGGAACAGCUACGUAAGAAUGCUAUUCAUUGACUACAGCUCAGCAUUCAACACCAUAGUGCCCUCAAAGCUCAUCACUAAGCUAAGGAUCCUGGGACUAAACACCUCCCUCUGCAACUGGAUCCUGGACUUCCUGACGGGUGGUAAGGGUAGGUAACAACACAUCUGCCACACUGAUCCUCAACACGGGGGCCCCUCAGGGGUGCGUGCUCAGUCCCCUCCUGUACUCCCUGUUCACCCAUGACUGCAUGGCCAGGCACGACUCCAACACCAUCAUUAAGUUUGCCGAUGACACAACAGUGGUAGGCCUGAUCACCGACAACGAUGAGACAGCCUAUAGGGAGGAGGUCAGAGACCUGGCCGUGUGGUGCCAGGAUAACAACCUCUCCCUCAACAUGACCAAAACAAAGGAGAUGAUUGUGGACUACAGGAAAAAAAAGAGGACUGAGCACGCCCCCAUUCUCAUCGACGGGGCUAUAGUGGAACAGGUUGAGAGCUUCAAGUUCCUUGGUGUCCACAUCACCAACGAACUAUCAUGGUCCAAACACACCAAGACAGUCGUGAAGAGGGCACAACAAAGCCUAUUCCCCCUCAGGAGACUGAAAAGAUUCGGCAUGGGUCCUCAGAUCCUCAAGAUAUUCUACAGCUGCACCAUCGAGAGCAUCCUGACUGGUUGCAUCACCGCCUGGCAAGGCACUACAGAGGGUAGUGCGUACGGCCCAGUACAUCACUGGGGCCAAGCUUCCUGCCAUCCAGGACCUCUAUACCAGGCGGUGUCAGAGGAAGGCCCUCAAAAUUGUCAAAGACUCCAGCCACCCUAGUCAUAGACUGUUCUCUCUGCUACCGCACGGCAAGCGGUACCGGAGUGCCAAGUCUAGGUCCAAAAGACUUCUCAACAGCUUCUACCCCCAAGCCAUAAGACUCCUGAACAGCUAAUCAUGGCUACCCAGACUAUUUGCACUGCCCCCCCACCCCAUCUUUUUACGCUGCUGCUACUCUGUUAAUUAUUUAUGCAUAGUCACUUUAACUCUACCCACAUGUACAUAUUACUUCAACUACCUCAACUAGCCGGUGCCCCCGCACAUUGACUCUGCACCGGUACCCCCCUGUAUAUAUAGCCUCCCUACUGUUAUUUUAUUUUACUUCUGCUCUUUUUUUCUCAAUACUUUUUUGUUGUUGUUUUAUUUUACUUUUUUAUUAAAAAUAAAUGCACUGUUGGUUAAGGGCUGUAAGUAAGCAUUUCACUGUAAUGUCUGCACCUGUUGUAUUCGGCGCAUGUGGCCAAUAAAAUUUGAUUUGAUUUGAUUUGGGAAUUAUUUUGUACUAUGGCCUAUUUAUUGCCUUACCUCCAUAACUUGCCACAUUUGCACACACUGUAUAUAUAUUUUCUGUUGUAUUUUUGACUUUAUGUUUUGUUUUACCCCAUAUGUAACUCUGUGUUGUUGUUUUUAUCGCACUGCUUUGCUUUAUCUUGGCCAGGUCGCAGUUGUAAAUGAGAACUUGUUCUCAACUGGCUUGCCUGGUUAAAUAAAGGUUAAAUAAAAAUAAAAUAAAAAAUGUUCAAGACAAAAGAGUGAAGUGCCUUUGAAUGGGGUAUGGUAGUAGGUGCCAGGCGCACCGGUUUGUGUCAAGAACUGCAACGCUGCUGGGUUUUUUUCACGCUCAACAGUUUCCCGUGUGUGUCAAGAAUGGUCCAACACCCAAAGGACAUCCAGCCAACUUGACACAGCUGUGGGAAGCAUUGGAGUCAACAUGGGCCAGCAUCCCUGUGGAACGCUUUCGACACCUUGUAGAGUCCAUGCCCGACAAAUUGAGGAUGUUCUGAGUGCAAAAGGGGGUGCAACUCAAUAUUAGGAAGGUGUUCCUAAUGUUUUGUACACUCAGUGUAUAUACCCAUUGAAAACAAAUUGCAGAUUGUGGCUUUAAACCCCAAACUCCUAUAUCUUUCCGACCCAAUAAGAACUCUGUCAGCCUCCUCGUGUUCCUUUCAUCCAAACGUCAGUCUUUUGUCUCCCACACCUGUUUGAAGGUUCAUGUCGGCACCAGAGCCCUUGGCUGCAUCCCAAAUGGCACCCUACUUCUAAUAUAGUACACUACUUUUGAUAGGGCUCUGGUCAAAAGUAGUGUACUAGAUAGGGAAUAGGGUGCCAUUUGGGAUGCAGCCCUUGCCUUGUUUGAAGACCCUGUGUGUGGUUUGGAUUGUACUGACAGAAGUUGCUGAUCUAAUGUCAUUCUAUACCUCAAGACUUUGUUGUCUGGUAGAUUUUUACUUUUUUUUUCUCCUCCUCCUCCCUGCCAGUUUCCUUUCUUUUGACUUGACGUUUCUUUUGAAGUACAUGUGCUACUGAUAAUUGAAGCAAUACAUCCCACUGAAGAUAAUAUACAGAUGUAGGAUCUUAAUUUGAGCCAGAUUGCUAAAGCAGGAAAAUAAUCCUGCAGCAACAGGAUUAUAAUUCAUGGAGAUUUUUGUAGGGGUUUAUACAUUUUUCGUACGGGACAAUCAAAUCUGACAUUUCUAAGUGGAAAUUACAAACUUCAGAAGACUUUUUAAACCUCAAAUACACUACAAGUUUACAUUUCCUGCAUUGCAGGAAAGUUAUUCGCGAACAGGUUGAUCAAAUUUAGAUCCUACAUCUGUACGGCACUCAUUUAAUGGAUUUCAAAGUGAAACCUUAAAGUGAAAGCUUAACUUGUUCUUUCAUGGCCUGGAACCCUUAUCCAUCUUGAUAUGAUACUGAGUUGAAAGUGUAGAGGCAUGUCACCACUAUGCAUUUUUAUUGUAUAGUGAAGUUGGCCAAAUCACACCUGAAGAUAUCUCUUGUGAAAUUACACUCAACUGACUGAUCACAGUGUGUAUGACAUUUGGAAGCAUGGUAUUCUUUGAUCUUUGACCCAGGGUCAUAUGGAUCAGGGUUUCCCAAAGUCGGUCCUGGUUGGUUUUUGCCCUAGCACUACACAGCUAAUUUAAAUAAUCAAAGCUUGAUGAUGGGUUGGUUAUUUGAAUCAGCUGUGUAGUGCUAGGGCAAAAAACAAAAAGUGCGCCCAGGGGGGGCCCCAGGACCUACUUUGGGAAACCCUGAUAUAGACCAUAAUAAUGAACAAACCAUAUGCCUAAUCCUAAAUUUCUUCUCUCUCUCUGUCUCUGUCUCUCUGUCUCUCUGUCUCUCUCUCUGUCUCUGUCUCUCUGUCUUUGGCCCCCAGGUGAGAAGGUGACCAUGUUUCCUGUCCUGGACAUUGACCAGAACGACAUCGUGGACACUAACGGAGCAGGAGAUGCCUUUGUGGGAGGUGCAGUACACUAGUCUGUCUCCUUCCUGGUUUCUCUCUAGUUUCUGCCAAUAAUCCUCUCCACAGCAUGUAGAUAGAUUCCCAAUUAACCAAUUAUAUUCCCAUGUUCCCUAUUUCUUUGAUACAUCUCCAGGGGAGUUCUGAUUGUCUUAUAGGGGUGCCCAGCUCUCCCUAGCCCCCCUGUAAUUCAAACCAUUCUGUCAAAUGUUAUAUUGAGAAGUGACACUAUAAUAAACGUUUCUUCUCUGCUCUAUUCUUUUACUGACCCCUGACCCUUGCUUCUCGCCUCUCUCUCCUCCCAGGCUUCCUGUCAGAGCUGGUCCAGGAGAGGCCGUUGGAGGAGUGUAUCCGUGCGGGCCACUACGCAGCCAAUGUCAUUAUCAGACGGGCAGGAUGUACCUUCCCUGAGAAACCUGACUUCCCUUGA